CUAUCUCUGCCUAAGGAGUUGUGAGUUGUGAGUUGUGACUCUUGCUCUCUCACCACCCAGUCUCUCUGCCUUGUCUCUGCCGCUGUCAGCCAGCACUCUCGCUUAGAAAUCCGACGUUUCAACCUCGGUUCUCACCGUUCGGCAUCGUCUCUCACCACUCUCCUCUCGGCCUUCCUUGCAGACGUGUCGCCUCUGCCUCUACGCUUCUGCCGCUCGCAGUGCGGCCGUGGCUCUGUCUCUUCGCCUCUGCUUCUCGCCGACUCACGGUGCCUUCCUCCGAGGCCCUCACUGGUCUCACUGCGGCGACCUUCCGUUGCUGUCGCUAACUCCCCGUUCCUUCUGGUUUAGUUUGACUGUUAUAACACUGAUUUGGCUGGGACUUGACUAGUAUCCCUUUUAACAAAAGUUCUGUUGUAAAGUUAUUUUGGUUGGAGCUUCUGUUCUGAGAUAUAGUCCAAAUUGUAGAAAAUUAGACGGUAAUGCAUGCCUGAGAACUGUGCCUAUGUUUCAGACAACAGCUGCAGUCUAAAAUGUUUUGUAGCACAGGCUAACUCAGGCCUUAUAUUUUAAGAGAUUGCUAACACCCCAUCCUUAUUCAUGGAACAACAAACCCAACCCAACCCCGCCACCAACAUCAACCCGAAAGCCACCAACAACCACAAUCAACCAUCAUCAUGGGCCAAAAAGGCAUGGCGCCUACUCUCUGAUGUUCGAGCUCAGUCCCCACUGAUCCAGUGCAUCACCAACUUUGUCUCUAUGGAUCUCAUGGCCAACACCCUCUUGUCUGCUGGUGCGUCCCCUGCCAUGCUUCACUCUCUCGAGGAGCUCAAUGACUUCACACCUUGCUGCCGGGCACUCUGCAUCAAUGUUGGCACGCUGACGCCUUCCUGGCUUCCCUCCAUGAAGGCUGCUGCACAACUCUGCUCCCAACUGGACACACCGUGGGUGCUCGACCCUGUUGCCGUCUCUGCCUCUGGUUUUCGUUUGAAGGCUUGCAUGGAGCUUGUGGAGUUGAAACCUGCUGUCAUAAGAGGGAAUGGUUCUGAGAUCAUUGCUCUCUCCAUGGCUUUCACUCAACCAUCCAAGGUCUCCAUUGUCAAGGGUACAGACAGCAUCCAUGAGUCAGUGGAUGCAGUGGAAGCUGCAAAGUUAUUAGCUAAAAGCAGUGGUGCCAUAGUUGCAGUAUCAGGAGCCACCGACAUUGUCACAGAUGGAAAUCAAGUCGUUGGAGCUCACAAUGGGGUGGCAUUGAUGCAAAAGAUAACAGCAACCGGGUGUUCAGUUACGGCACUUAUUGCUGCCUUUGUUGCUGUUGACAAAAUCCAUGCUUUGGAUGCAGCAGUAUCAGCAUUAGCGGUAUUUGGUGUCACCGGUGAGCUAGGAAUGAAGAAUGCUAAAGGUCCUGCGUCUCUGCGAAUGCAUUUGAUAGAUGCCCUCCAUGGGCUUGAUGAAGCUGCUUUGGAAUCUCAUGUUAAUAUCACAAGUUUGUCUUAAAAUGCGAAGAUCUUUGUUUCAAAUGGGUAAUUAUAAUUUUAUUUAUACUCACAUGUAGAUGUCUACCGUUGGGAUUACAAAGGAUGCGACAUUUUUUUCCUUUUUUAUAAUUUAGUUUAAUCAGCCAUUCCAAUAAAUAGUUCUAUUAUUUCAAUGAUUUAAAUCUUCGUAAGAUUUUUAUUGAUGUAUAGGAAUUAGUUUGGUAGAAGUUCUAACAGAUAGCUUGUGAAUUGUUUAUGUAACAUCCUAUUAC